AUGGUCACAAGAUUCUCCACUUUAAUUAAAACUCGGCAACUAGCUGACUUACUUGCCCAAAGAACUCCUUUAUAUAUUCUAGACGCAAGCUACGACAUCCCAGGCGUCCCUGGAAACUCCAAAUCUGAGCAUUUCCGCAUCCGUCUCCCAGGGGCAAAGUUCUUCGAAAUUGAUGAGGUCGCUGACAAGACCAUUCCUCUGCCCCACAUGAUGCCAAGAAUAGAGACUUUUAUAGACUUCAUGAAAAAAUUACGCAUCAAAAACGACGAUAAUCUCCUUGUGUGCUACGACCGAUAUGGGGGAGGAUUCACAGCUCCACGUGUAUGGUAUACUUUUAAAUGCUUUGGCAGGAAAAAUGUAGCUAUUCUUGAUGGUGGGCUGCCUAAAUGGAUUUCUGAAGGAUAUCCUACGGUAAGUUCUGAGUAUGAAAUUUAUGAAAAUCCUACAAGUGAAAAUGAUAUAGAUUAUCAGUAUAAAUUUGAUGAAAAUAAGGUAAAAAGUUUGGAAACUGUGGCUUCGUAUCUAGCUCAGCUGAAAAAUCCUACAGAAAAUAGCACCCAGGUACUUGAUGCAAGGCCUCCUAAACGAUUUUCAGGGACAGAUCCAGAGCCAAGAAAAGGAAUCAGGAGCGGCCACGCCAAAAAUUCAAAAAAUCAUUUUUUUAAACUAAAUUUCAAUGCUGAUGGUACUUUUAAAAGUCCUGAAGAGUUAAGAAAACAGUUUAUAGAUUCUGGGAUCAAUAUGAGCGAAAAUUCUCAUACAAUAAAUAUGUGUGGGACUGGGGUGACUGCAUGUGUGAAUUUAUUUGCAAUGGAGCUUGCUGGAAAACAGAACACUUCUUUAUAUGAUGGCUCAUGGACUGAGUAUGCCACAAGAUUUCCAAAUGAGCAGCUGGAAAACGAAUAUUUUGAAAAAUUAGCUUAG